AUGGAGCACGCCACUACCGUGGCGGUCGUCAUCCUGAUCCUGCUCGCGGUCAACGUUGCCGCUGCCACCACCGAGAACACCCCCGUCAACAAGUCGUGUGUCACAGGCAGCGCUGGCGCCACAGUAAACAUUGGCUACGGCGGGGCAGGAACCAGCGCCGGCGCCGGCGUGUCCCUCGGCGCCGACGCGUACCGCACCACCUGCCCCAGUGCUGAGGAGAUUGUCCGCGCGACAGUCGAGAGGGCCGUCGCCGCCGAUCCACGCAUGGCGGCGUCCCUCCUCCGCCUCCAUUUCCAUGACUGCUUCGUCAAUGGGUGUGAUGGCUCCGUGCUCCUGGACGACAAGCCGUUCUUCAUCGGCGAAAAGAUGGCAGUGCCGAAUGCCAACUCGCUAAGGGGCUUUGAGGUCAUCGAUGCCAUCAAGGCUGAGCUCGAGCGGGCGUGCCCGGAGACCGUCUCUUGUGCCGACGUCCUAGCCAUCGCCGCCCGUGACUCAGUCGUUGCGUCGGGCGGGCCGAACUGGCAGGUAGAGGUCGGCCGGAAGGACAGCCGAACGGCGAGCCUGCAGGUCGCCAACAUCAAUCUACCAGCCCCGACGUCCGGCGUGGCGACACUCGUGCAGAAGUUCAGGAACGUUGGCCUCUCAGCCAAAGACAUGGUCGCUCUCUCCGGCGCGCAUACAAUAGGGAAAGCGCGGUGCACGACAUUCAGCACGCGCCUCACCGGCGUCGGCGUCUCGGCCGGCGCCGUGGGGGCAUCCAAGGAUCUGACGUUCCUACAGUCGCUGCAGCAGCUGUGCGCGGGUUCGGCGGGGUCAGCGCUGGCGCAUCUGGACCUCACCACUCCGGCGACCUUCGACAACCAGUACUACAUCAACCUGCUCUCCGGCGACGGUCUGCUGCCGUCUGACCAGGCGCUGGCGUCGUUGGGUGCCGUGCCGGGGGCAGAGGACGUCAUCAGCCUCGUUGCCGCCUACGCGUUCGACGCAUCCGUCUUCUUCCAGGACUUCGCCGAGUCCAUGCUGCGGAUGGGGAGGCUCGCACCGGGCGCUGGCAGCGACGGUGAGGUCCGCCGCAACUGCCGGUUGGUGAACAGCUGGAGCUAG